CCCAUAAAUUUACAGAUGAGUAUUUUCACACUCUGAUCAAAACUCCAAAGAAUAACGAAUAUUUCUUUUUUAGCCAUUCCGUAAAAGCAAACUAAAUAUAUGUAACAUCGACAUUGAUAGGCCUACCCUUUUCAAAAUCGGGGCAAUUUUACGCGUGAUUGAUCGCGAAGUGUAAAUACCACAAGCUGCAUGUACUGUCGACGUGGAGUACAAAUUCAACGACCCGGAAGCCUGCUAGCCUAUAUGCAUCAGCCGUGACGCCAGCCACCGGUAGUCAUGUCUCCAGCUCUCCUCUUCAAGUGCCUUUCUCUUCUCCUCCUUGGCCUAAUCUCUGUUCAGGCCGGGUCUUCCAUUCGACAGGCGGACUCUGGGCUAAGCACAGACCAAGAUGAGGCCAAGAAGUUUCUUAGAAGCUACACGAAACAAGCUGAAGUGAUAUUCUACGCUGGCGCCCUGGCGAGUUGGCGAUACAACACCAACAUUACCGCUUACAAUCAGCAGAAAGACGUGGAGGCUAGUCUAGUCUCAGCCGCGUUUCGACAAGAGGCGUACCAGAACGCAAGUCGGUUUGACGUAACAGACUUCGACGAAGACGUCAAGAGACAGUUCAAGGAGAUCAAAGACAUCGGAACGGCUGCACUAGAGCCUAGCAAGGUUGAAGAGUACAAUAACGUGGUGAAUACGAUGACGGAUAACUACAGUACUGGUACUGUGUGUAAAGAAGACCAGCCAACAGACUGCAUGCAACUCGAACCUGGUUUGGCAGAAAUCAUGGCCACCUCUAGGGACUGGGAUGAAUUGGUCUGGGCCUGGAAAGGCUUCCGCGACCAAGUCGGGGUACCAAACAAGCCCCUCUACAAGGACUUUGUCAAAUUGGCUAACGAAGCGGCAGUGGCUAAUGGUCAUGACGACAUGGGUGCGUACUGGCGUUCUGAGUACGAGAGCGACACAAUCAUCGAUAAGGCGUACGAGAUAUACGAUGAGAUAUUGCCUCUUUAUAAGCAGCUGCAUGCCUAUGUACGACGCACCAUGCAUAAAACUCAUGGUUCAAAGGUGGACGUCAAGGGGUAUAUUCCAUCCUGUUUACUUGGUGAUAUGUGGGGGCGCUUCUGGGGCAAUAUUUAUCCCCAACUUGUGCCGUUUCCAGAUCGCCCAAAUAUCGAUGUUACUGAUGCUAUGGUUGCCAAGAAUUACAAUCCGCGCAAAAUGUUCGAGCUUGCCGACGAUUUCUUCGCUUCGCUGGGUCUGCUUCGGGUCAAGCCGAUCUUCUGGAACAAUUCAAUGAUCGAGAGACCCACGGACGGCAGGAAUGUGGUGUGCCAUCCCACGGCAUGGGAUAUGGGUAACGGGGAGGACUUCAGGGUCAAGAUGUGCACAGAGGUCACCAUGGAUUUCUUUCAGACCAUCCACCAUGAGCUGGGCCACACCCAGUAUCAGAUGCAGUAUAGCGACCAGCCAUAUCCGUUCCGUGAUGGGGCUAAUGGUGCCUUCCAUGAGGCAGUCGGAGAGGUUAUGACCCUAUCGAUAUCCACCCCUACUCACCUUUCACACCCGGACAUUGGGCUGCUGGCUGAGGGAACUGGUCUUGACAACGAAACCGACAUCAAUUUUCUUUUGAAGACCGCACUGAACACCAUUGGUACCCUUCCCUUCAGCCUAGCGUUGGAUCAAUGGAGAUGGGAUGUUUUCGCUGGUGCCAUCAGUGAGGAUAAAUGGACCGAACGUUGGUGGCAACUCAAGCAUGAUCUUGUUGGCACUGAGGCACCAGUCCCGCGGACUGAAGACGAUUUCGACCCCGGUGCUAUGUACCACAUCGUGGUGGCCUAUCCGUUCCUGGGCUACUACAUCCGCACAAUCAUUCAGUUUCAGUUCCAGAAAGCCCUGUGCGAAGCGGCGGGCCACACGGGACCUCUCCACCGCUGUGACUUCUACAAAUCACAGGCGGCAGGAACCAAACUCUCGGAUAUGCUGAAGUUAGGCACCAGUAAGCCCUGGCCGGAUGCCAUGGAAGCCAUUACGGGUCAGAGGUCAAUGUCAGCCGACGCCAUCAACGCCUAUUUUGCGCCAUUGAUGACGUGGCUCCAGGAGACCAAUCAGAAGAACGGAGAACAGCUUGGAUGGCCGGCUACGGAUAACGGCGCCAUUUUGCCAAAUGUCUCGCUGGUGAUGCUGGUACUCUGCCUCUUGGUAACCACGCGGUUGCUUUGAAACCAUCGGUAACUCGGACAUACUUCAAUGCUGACCGACGGUAAUAUGGAUUUAAAAAAACAUAUCUAUUUGUACGGCCUCAUUAUAGGACAAAAGAAUUUUACAACCCCCAAAACAGGAAAAUGGCAUCCCCAUUAGUAUUACAUCUUCCUCUUAUCGAAGACCAUAAUUAUUCAAUAACAGUAUUCCUUCAUAGAAAACAAAAAUAAGUGUAACCUGUGUUGGUUUUUAUUCUUCAUUUUUGUUUAGUCAUAUACUCCAUGGAAUCAUUCCGACGUAACUUUACAAUAAUAAAUUAAACCUCCACUAUGCAACAUUAUGUUACAUUCAUUGAAACAUUUCGUAUAAUAUCACUUCGUGCCUUGAACACAAUUAUAUCUUAACACCUGUUGUUUUGUUAUCAAAACCUAGGGCUUGUAUUGUCUUAACCUUAUUUGAAAAUAAACUGUACCACAGAAAUGAAAUUAAAAACCGAAGGCCACACGUACAGCUGCUUUCCUUGUACUAAACUAUCAUAAUUACUAUGCUACAUGAUAAUUAUUACGCUACAUUCGUUUACGCUAUAUUCUUCGUUAUAGUUUUCGAAUAGGAGAAUUUAGGGAAUAUUUUCUCGAAAAAAAAAUCAUGUACAAAGAACUGUAAUGAUCAAAACCGUUUAUCUCUUCGUGAAAUUAAAGGAUUCCAUUUUUAUGUUACACUGCAAUGGUAAUAUUAUGCUAUUCGGAACAUGAGAUUAUUAGCCAAAUGAUAACGGUUUUAGGCCUAUGUCUUGGUUACUCUCUAAAUUCCAAAGAGUGAAAUUAGGGACUAGACGUUUAAGAGUGAAAAUCACUCCCAUUUUUGAUUGACAUAGUCUGAAACAUGAACCACUUAAGUCGAAGAUCGAGUGAAACCUCGAUCUUUACGAUUGAAAAAAUUUCACUCUAAAACGUCUAGUCCCUAGUUUCCGACUGUGAGAGUGAAUCUUCACUCGAAUGGAGUGAAUUUUCACUCUUUAGAAUUUAGAGAGUAGCUUAUUCGUACGUCACUCAUACUGUGCGUGAACGUUCAUGACGAUUGCCUGAUUUACUUACGGUAUUUGUUUUCACGUAGACUAAGCCCCCUAGCCCUAUGUAGGCCUACGCAACUCUGAUCUCAUGAUUUUGAACCUAUAUUAUGAUAAAAUUAUGGCGCCCUCAAUUUUACUGCUCCUCACCUCAAAAUUAUUUCCGAUUGAACAUUAAGUUUUAAAUAAUAUGCGUAAUUUUUACUCAGAUCAAAUCAAUGUAAAAUCAUUUUGAAAAUAAAUAUUAAGCCUGUUAA